UAGCAACAGACCAGACAGUUGUCAACAAAACUCGCGAAGGAUGGCCGUGUGUGUGGCAGUUAUAGGCAAAGAUAAUUCGCCGUUAUACAUAGGCGGAAUAGGAAAUGACACUGGAACUGAUAAUGAACUGUCUCGUCAAUGGCUCGUCCACACUGCGUUAGAUGCGUUGGAAGAGCGAUUAGCCACCACGAAUACCAACAACGCAGCAGCAGGAACAAAUACCGCUCGAGCAGAUCUCCGUGACUUGUAUUUAGGACUUCUUUACUCUACUGAUACGCAUAAAAUAUACGGCUACGUAACAAACACAAGAAUUAAAUUAGUUCUUGUGACGAGCUCUACGUCGCCCAGUGGAAGUAACAUAAGAGAUGCAGAAGUGAGGACGGCUUUACGCCGCUUGCACGCACUUUACGCUGACGCUAUAUGCAACCCAUUCCAUUUACCGGGAGAUCAAAUAACUUCACCGAAAUUCGACAAGCAAGUCAAAAGUUUAAUGCUAAACAACGUUUAAUAGUCAACGCUAUAGUUUAUUCCAGGAUUGAAAACAUAAAUGGAUGACUAUUAAUAGAAGAUAGGUGCCUAUCUUCUUGUGUUUACGUUUAAUGUAAUAUAUUUUGAUUUGGUUAUAGGAGUUUCUGCGUUAGUUUGUACUUGUAAUAAAUUAUUUAUAUUAAUUCAUGUUAGUUUUAACAUCAUAUAUAAAGUAGGAUAAACCUAUAUCUCAUUUAUUUUUACACCUACAAAAUAAAUGAAAAAUAUAUGAA